CAGAAUAAAGUUCUACGUCGAGUAAACAAGAGUCGAAAAAAAUGACAUCGUGCCUAGAAAAUGUACAAAUUCCAACGUGCGUGUGGUUUGAGGGAGUUGAAAAACGAAAUGCAUUAGUAUCGAUGUUGGCUAGUACAUUGUUUUUUGUAGGAUGGUGGUUUAUAAUAGACGCACAUGCAAAGUAUCCUGCAGAGAUGGUAACUGCUUAUCACGUUUGUGGAAUAUUUGGUACAAUAUCUUUAUUUAUGGUCAACUCUGUGUCGAAUGCUCAAAUAAGAGGAGAUGAUUAUAAUGGCGGACGUCUAGGUGUCAGGGGAGCAAGAAGUUGGUUAUUCGUUGGCUUUGUCAUAGGCUUCGCGGCAGUUAUUGCAGCCUGUUGGAUCUUAUUUGCAGAUUUCGUAGCUCUAAGUGCUGGACAUUACUGGCCUGGAAUAGGAUUAUUCUUACAAAAUGUAUUUAUAUUCUUGGGAUCUAUGACAUAUAAAUUUGGUCGAACCGAAGAUCAGUAUUAGCGGAGUUAUUUUUAUAAAAUUCUACAAAAGUUACACAAAGGAUUGCUUAUAAAUAUUAAUAUACUUAUAUUUUCAAAAUAUAGUAGCAAAUGUGGUAGUAUAUAAAUAUUUCAACUUUAUUUGAAUUGAUUUAAAUCUCAUAAAUACUCAUCGAUUAGAAUAUUGAAAAAUAUUAUAGAAUUGACAAUUAUUUGCUUCUAUGUAAAGUUUUGCAUAUAUAGUCAUAUGAUAAUAAUAUCAUUAACAGCAUAUACAUUGAAAAUUGCAAUCCAAAGAUAUUAUAAAGAAUAAUUAAACGAUCUUAAUGUUUCACAUAAUAUUUAAGUAAAUAUAAAAGCGUUAUCAUUUUUUUAUUUAUAAAUAAUUACAUUGAAGUGCACACGCUAGUGUGCACACAAUUAAAUGUAAAGAUAUAUCCUGAUAGAUUUUUGUAACCAUUUUAAUAAUAUAAAAGUGUUAUGUAAUUGUAAAACAUAAGAAGAUUAUAGAGUUCCAAUAUUGCA